AUGGAGCUCUGUCAACUUCCUCUUGUGUUCUUGCUGAUUUCAAACAUCUACUCUCAACAUACUGAAGAAACACCAAAACCCACAGUGACCAUCAAACCUGCUCAACGUGUAUUCAGAGGAGAGACAGUCACUCUCAGAUGUGACAUAUAUGCUGAAGGAGUCACUAGCUGGCAGUACAGCUGGUAUAAAGACAGUUCAGGCUAUGUUUUCAGUGAACGACAGGAACACACAUUCAGUUCUGUUACUGAGUCUGACGCAGGUAAAUACUCCUGUUAUGGAGCAGAGAGAGAAGGAUCACGAACAUCACGCCGCAGUGAUGAAGUUACACUGACAGUAUCAGGUGAGUUUGAUCAUCUCUUCACACACACACACAAGUUUAUCAUGUUAUUAAUGAGUGAUUUCUCAUCUUCAGAUCCCAGAGCAGUUUUAAGUGUUUCUCCACAGACGUGGUUGACUGAAGGAGAUCCAGUGACUCUGAUCUGUGAGGUUAGCGGCUCCUCUACAGGCUGGACAUUCGGCUGGUUCACUGUAACUGUCUUAUCAGACAGCAGAUGUCAUUUUGAGCUGCUCUCAGACAGCAGCAGAGGAGCUGGAGGAAACUACACUGUCAGUUCUGCUGCUCUAAAUCACACAGGAGUUUAUUUGUGCAGAGCAAAGAGAGGAGAACCAGCCUAUAGCACAUGGUACAGCGACACACAGUUAAUAUGGGUCACUGGUGUUUCUCCUCCAGUCUCUCUGAUCGUCAGACCCAACAGAACUCAACACUUCACAUCUGACUCUCUCUCUCUGAGCUGUGAGGACCAGAGUAACUCUACUGGAUGGACAGUGAGAAAAUACACAGACAGCUGGGGGCUGGAAUAUUGUUCAUCAUUACGUCGAAGAUCACAAACAGGAUCUACAUGUACAAUCAGAGACACCAUCACACAUGACACUGGAGUGUACUGGUGUGAGUCUGAAUCUGGAGAGAAAUAUCAUCCUGUUAAUAUCACUGUAAACCUUGGUGUGAUUCUGGAGAGUCCUGUUCAUCCUGUGACUGAAGGAGAAACUCUGACUCUACGCUGUUUAUAUCAAAAUAAAACCUCACCAAACCUCAGAGCUGAUUUCUAUAAAGAUGGGUCACUCAUCCAGAGUCAAACUACAGAGAUGAUCAUCUCUACUGUCUCAAAGUCACACGAGGGUUUCUACUCCUGCAAACACCGAGAGAGAGGAGAGUCACCCAAGAGCUGGAUCUCAGUCACAGCGUCUCAUUCAGGAUCUCAGAUCUCUGUCCUCCACACACUCAGUUCUGUUCUGGCAGUUUCUCCAUAUCUGCUAGUGACAGUCGUGCUGAUUUUCAAAUGCUGCAGGAUGAGAGUUGCAUCUGUUGAAGAGCAAGAAACUGUAAUCUGAUAUUAAUCUGUCGUGAUGGUGAGAAAACUUCAGCUUCAUCCUGGAUUCUCUCAGUAUCUCAGUUCAGACUGAACAUGAUUACUUACUGUAAAAGUCACGUUUUGAGAGAGACUCCUUUUGCCAUCUCACAGUUUUUAAAGUCAUCAUGAACCAGCAUCUCAACUCUUUUGACUUCUGAGUGAAACAAGAUAUUCAACGAGAAAACGUGUAGAGAAGAACUUGAUUUGAUCAAUCAGAAAUUUUGUUAUAUACAUAGUUUAUUUUUUUCUGCUUUACCAUCAUAAUUAGGGGUGUGCAAUAUUGAUAAAAAAGGUUAUAUCUCUAUGUCCUGGGUGAGCAAGUUGUGUAUACAAGGUGUCGUAUUGGACAUACUAGAUUAACUCAUGAACAUUUAUUGAUUGCUGAAGAAGCACCAAAAUGUCAAUAUAGCGGGACUCACUUGACGGUGAAACAUGUGCUUUUGGUCUGUGCUCAAUAUUUAAUGUCAUGAGACGAAGGUUAUUAUCAGGACAAACUCUUAAGGACUUGUUUUAAAAGAUGGACCCAGAAAAACCUUUACAAUUUCUUUCAAAAGUAAAUUUAAAGAAUAUUUUAUUUAUAUACAAAAUUGUUUUAUAAUUGCUUUUAUUUUUUGUAUUUUGUACUACUGUAUUGUUAUAAUCUUUGU